CUCAAUUUUCUCUCUCUACUGCAUUUCCUUCUUUCUCCCUCUGUUUUUUUCACAUAAUACAUACAACACCACCUAAACUUCACUUCUCUCUACAAACAAAAACAAGAAUACCACCAAAUUCCUCUGCCUUCUGUUAUUGAACUUUGUUGCUAUAUAUAACAAAAACCCUAUUGCCUUUUCCUUUCUCUCUCUUCUCUUCUUUUCUCUCUCAUCACCUUCUUCCUAAAUGAGUAUUUAUCAAUAAACCCAUUAUACUCUCUGUGAAUUCCCAUUUGAUCAAUUUUUCAUAAAGAAUAAUCAAAUUGAUAAAAAGGGGUUGCUUUAAUUUAUUGAAAUUGUAGAAUUUUAGUGUUUUCUUGGUAUUUUUGAAGCUUUUUCUGUUCUGGGUGUGUUUUAUUUUUUCUGGGUUUUGAGUAUUUCAUCAAUGGCUGCUGGUGCUAAAGAAGUGUCUGGUGAGACAACAGUGGUUGAAGCUCCUGCUGUUCAGUCUUUAUCAUCACCAAACACUGAUAACACCAGCAAUAAUUCUGAAUCUAAUGGUGUUAAGGAUUCAGCCGAUUCAAUCGCAAAUGCGAAAUCGGAGUUUCAUAUGCAUGAUAUUGCUGAUAUGUUGAAGAAACUUAAGCUGAAUCCACAGGCUAAAGAGUUUUUUCCUUCUUCUUAUAAUCGUGCCGCUGGUGGUGAUCAGAUGAUUCUCAGUAACUUUGUACCAGCUAACAAGACUAUGGGUGUUGAUGGUUUUCAAAAUAACAGAAGGAGAGGCAACAACUUUAACCAGGGCAAAAGGAGAAUGAACAAUAGAGCUUAUAAGGCUCAAAGAGAAGAUAGCAUCAGGCGAACAGUAUAUGUUUCUGAGAUAGAUAACAAUGUCACUGAGGAGCAGCUUGCUGCUUUGUUUAGUGCUUAUGGACAAGUCGUUGACUGCCGAAUUUGUGGUGAUCCACAUUCCCGUCUUCGUUUUGCUUUCGUGGAGUUCGCUGAUGAGUACUCUGCAAGAGCAGCACUUUGCCUUUGUGGGACAAUUUUAGGUUUCUCUCAAUUGAAGGUCCUACCUUCAAAAACUGCUAUUCUACCCGUGAAUCCUACAUUCCUUCCAAGGUCAGAGGAUGAGCGUGAGAUGUGUGCCAGGACAGUCUAUUGUACAAAUAUUGAUAAGAAGGUUACUCAGGCUGAUGUCAAGAAUUUUUUUGAAACAAGAUGUGGCGAGGUUUCUCGCCUGAGGCUUUUGGGAGAUCACGUGCACUCGACCCGCAUUGCUUUUGUUGAGUUUGUAAUGGCUGAGAGUGCAAUUUUGGCUUUAGACUGUUGCGGUGAGGUAUUGGGAUCCCAACGCAUCAGGGUGAGUCCCUCAAAAACACCAGUGAGGCCCCGAUUUCCGCGUGCCAUGAUGCAGUAAACCAAUGUGUAUGCUCAUGGACCUGGAAAGAGUUCAGAGACAACCCCCCUCGGAAGACUUGAGGUCACCAUGGGAAAUCGAAACAAAAUUCUGUUUCAGUAAUCUCCAUGUUCUUUCUUUUCAUGUUCCUUUCUUUCCUGCCUACAGUAACUUAUUGCUACCAAAAACAACGUAGCCAUCGAGCCAACGAACUUUUUUAAUUAGAAUUUCCGCACUUCUAGUACUUUACCUUGAUCGAUCGUUCCUCUAUGAAUCUCUUGCUGGUUGGAACGCCAGUUCACAAUUUGAUCAUUUGUCUCUGGAUGUGCUUUA